ACUCAUUUGACAUUUUACGUCUACAUAGGUCCUGCCUUUCAUUUCAUACCAGAAAUUUUUGUACAUUCAUAUUUUCCGAGUCCCUACUCAUAUCAUCUGCUGUCAUGGCUGAUUCUCAGGCUAACGAUUAUUCCACUUGCGUAGUGUGUUUCAAGAAUGUCGUGUAUUACUCGAUUGGAGAAUGCGACCAUCCCGUAUGUUUUGAAUGUUCUACCCGAAUGAGAGUACUUUGUCUUCAGAAAGAGUGUCCGAUAUGUCGCCAGGAUCUUUUAAGGGUUGUGUUUACGGAUACUAUAGAGCCUUACAUAGAGCUCCUUAACCAUGUGUUUACGGACAGGUUCUAUGAAAGACAGUUUAAAAUCGGAUUUUGUAGUCAAGAAAUAAAGAAUGCUUAUGAAAAACUGUUAGAGAAUGAGUGCAAACUUUGUGAUAACUUACAACCGUUCCGUACAUUUGGUAUGCUCAGUGAUCACAUGAGGAAGGUCCAUGAGAGAUUUUACUGUGAUCUAUGUGUUAAGAAUUUAAGGAUUUUUACUGGUGAGCGGAAGUGCUACACUCGUCAAGAGCUGGCCCAUCACAGACGGAAAGGCGAUAUAGAUGACACAUCGCACAGGGGUCAUCCACUGUGCGAAUUCUGCGAAAAACGUUUCAUGGACGCCGAUGAACUAUACCGCCACUUGCGUAAAGAACAUCUCUACUGCCACUUGUGUGACGCUGACGGCAGGAAUUAUUACUACGCAUCGCACUCGGCGCUUGCACAACACUUCCGCACUGAUCACUAUUUGUGUGAGGACGGAGAUUGCGCGGGUGAACAUCUUACGGCUGUGUUCCGGAGCGAAAUAGAUCUCAAAGCUCACCGCGCGACUGUGCACGGGCGCGGCCUGGCCCGUGGCGCGGCGCGGCAGGCGCGCACUCUCGAGCUGCAGUUCAACAUCGCGCCGCACCCCGCCGCGCACCGCGCCCACAGGGAGAGUAGAGACACUCGUGACGGACGAGAGCAGGUGGAGGCGACCAGUCCAACUGUCGUUACACCACCGCAGCCGAGUAUCGACACGCGCAGCGACGAACAGUUCCCGCGACUAUCUACCGCACCCUCACAUCCUAAUCUCGUAUUAGGACCAGCCGUACGACAUUACAAAGUGGCAGAUGGUUUGACGCGUAAUGACAAGAACUUCCCGGCUUUGGAUGGCGCGGGAGGCGUCGGCGGGAGCGGGGGAGGAGCAACUUCACGACCCGCGCACUCCGUCGCCGCCACCGUGCUCAGAAAUUCUAAGCCUAGUGUGUCGAUACAGCUACAUAGCCAACCUGCUAGCGCAAGUAAUUUCCGAUUAACACAAACUAGUGGGAACCGUAUCUCAAUUCCACCUCAACAGAAGAAACCACUAGCAUCUCUUAGCGAUGACGACUUUCCCUCACUUGGUCACGGGAAGGAUGACCACCCCAACAUAGGCGCUGGCACUGUGCAGCCGUCUAAGGUCACCUUAAUAAAUAGCCAAGAAAUGAAUAUUCUCAAAAAUAACCAAUCAAGUUCUAAAUCUAAAAAGCCACAGUUGAGUUCAGACGCUUUUCCCGCUUUGUCGUCUGCAUCAGGGCCGUCUGCGCCGCCGCAAUGGAUAACAGUCUCCAAGGCCAAAGGAAAAUCUAAGCCUACAAAACCAGAGCCCCCUCCACAACCGCUACAGCCGACAUUCAACCCUGUAGCCGAUUUUCCAACGUUACCUGUCAAUAAUUCAAAAUCAAAAUCUAAGAAACAGGCACAGUCACCCUCACAACCUACUCCCAUUGCGACUCCCGUCUCUAAUGAUGUUACAAAAUUAACCAAAAAAGAGAAAAAGAAACAAAAUAUGAACAUUAAAAAGGAACCACCACUUGAUAUACCUCACAUAAAUGGCGUUGAUAAAAAAGUAGCUAGAGAGAUGGCUUGCGUAGGCAUCACCGUAAAUAACAACGAGCCUUGUAAUAAUAUCGACAAGAAAGUGAAAACUGUAGAAUCGACAGUCACUAUAGAUACAGACAAAAACAGAAAUGGAGGUAAUGGGGAUUUCGCCGUAGCGCUCAGAGAGUACCCUCCUCUGAGUUCUAAGAGCAAUAAUAGUGUCCCGAGCAAAAAGAUCGUAAACGGCAGCGUACCGCCCGGGUUUAGGGCGUGCGAUGGAAUGACGUUCACGAACUCUGCUGGUCAGACGUUCUCGGCACCGGUACACGCUUAUAUCCCACCACCCGAUUUUGAACGACGGAACCGGACGCUUAUGAAGAAGUUCGCGGUAGCACUGGGUGGCGCAGCCGCCGUCGAGGACUUCAAAGUAGCGUCGCGCGCCUUCCGCGAUGGCCUCAUCAAUGCGGACCAGUUCUACCAACACUGUCGGUCGACGCUGGGCUCGCAGUUGGACGAAGUAUUUCCCGAGCUUGUGGCGUUGCUGCCUGACAUUGCCAAGCAGCAGGAACUGGUGUUAGGACGUGGUGCUGCCUGCGUCGAUUUGAACACAUGCGCGGCGUGUGGACAGCUGCUGGCUGUCAAUGACUACGGCGUACAUGAAGCCGCACACUGGCCGCCGUUAGCUUCGCGUUAGACCAUUUGCCAUAUUGUGAUGACUACCUUUUACCACAGACGACUGCAUAAGAGUAUGAGCUUGAAAACAGACUUAAUGUAGAAAGUGUUAUUAAUAUAAUAAAAAUGAACAAUAUGAAAUAUAUCCAUCACCAUUCCACGAAUGUAAUGGUGCUAGUAUAGAUCAUACACUCUGUUUCAAUAGAGUAGUUGUAAAAUAGAAACAAAAUAAAUUAUUAACUUGAUCUUACGUAGUAGUGACGUUCAAUAGUAGAUCUAAUUGAAAAUGGAUUCAUUGAUUGAUUGUUUCUAUCUGUUUAGAUUACAACCUCAAUAAGAUUCUAUAAUUUUAAACUAUGCCACUCAAAUAGAAAGCCAAGGUUUCUGCAGCACAA